AUGAUAGACCGCAUAGAUGCAGCCACGUCCUCGAGCGAGCCCCCUGUCAGCUACGCUGAGGUUUCCUCAGGCUACAGGCGGGCUGGGUACAUCUUGGAUGAUGAAGAGGAAGCAGCUCUCAUAGCGGACUUGCAGAUUCACGAUUGCCUCAUUGUGGGUACCAGCAAAGGCUUUACCACAUUGACGGGCUUUCCCCGGGACGAGGCACUCGGGCAGAACUGCCGGAUGAUGUUGAAGGGCGUGCCUGAGGUGGCCGUGUCCAAGUCUGCGAGAAAGAACCUUCGUGACUUUUGCCGCAUGUGCAAAAUCAAGAAGCUCGAUUACAUCUCCGAGGUCACGUCGCUGCAGCCCAACAGCCGGAAAAAUGGGACUCAGUUCGUCAACUUUUUUCUCGUUGGCCUCGUCCAGGUCGGCACAGACAGAUACCUGCUCGGUGUACAGAGGUCUGUUGGCGAAGGGCUUUUCGUGUCCCUCAAUGGCCGGAUGAUGGAAGAGGUCACUGAAGCUGCGCGAGAGACGUUCAAGCGGAUUCGCCAGAAGCUUUUGAGCCUGGACUCCAGCUUAGGCCGGCUUUCGCAUGUCAGCCAGCGGCUGGGUUUCACUUUCUUCUCCGAGCGGCUACAGGAUCACUGCUUGCUACUCAAUGGUGGUCGGACGGCGAUGCGCCGUGAGCCGCAGGAGCUUGCUACCAACUGUUUGGUCUUUGGCAAUGCACCCGUAAGGAUGACGCCCAACGGGCUGUACUUUGCCGUGCGCAUUGAGGAUGCUGUGACAACAUUCGAGGGACUGCCCAUUAUGGGCUUCACUCGCCGCAAGCCGGUGGACCAGCCGAGUCUCUACCCAACGGUUUGCAGGUGUUUGGGCGCGAGUGUUCUGGUGGGAGCCUGUGGCGAGGCCUUCGCCCGCGAUCAGAUCGAGCACUUCCGGAUCGGCUUCAAGCAGCCUCCGCAGACAGAGGUUGCCUCCUGGUCCACACAAGCCGACGUCCCACCGCACAAGCGAAGGGCGCCGGUGAGUGUGAACCCGGGCGACGUGUUUGGGUGCCUGUACACGAUGGAGGGCCGGCUGCAGCUUUGGAGGAAUGGCUCCCAGGUCUUGGACUUUGACGUGGGCCGUCCCAUCCAGCAGGCAUGUCCUGGGGGCACUCGCAGCUUCAGCUCGCAAAGCUCUUCUGAGGAGAAGAAGGAGGCAAAGCGCAAGCCUGUGACCACCCUGGAGGAGGCGCUUUAUCUGGCCAAGCUUGCGAACAUCUGGACAGAAGCAGAGGUCCAGUACCAGAUCGUUCGAGGACCGGAGUUUUCCCGAGACAGCUCACCGUUUAUGCUCGAGAACUUCUUUGAGGUUGAGGAUGAGCCGUAUGAAGCAACGGCUUCCAAGAAGCAGCUCGACGUCGGGGGCGCGGAGGGCGAGCGGGAAUGGCCAAACACCAACCCGACAGUCCACGGGACCAUAGAGAAGUACUUCCGGCCUGACCUUCCCCCGAAGUUUUGGCAUGGGGGCAAGGAGUGGCUUUCUUACGUCGAAGGCACGGGCACUCGAAAGCGCGCGUCGGCUCACGUGGUGCUCGUCCGGGGCACCGGGAUAUUUCGUGUCAACGGAGAGCAGGACAUGUACUCACGAUGGCCGCAGAUUUACAACCGGGUCGAUGUCUGCCAGCCUUUCAAGCUGACCGGCACAGCAGGCCAGUACGAUGUCUUUGUGGAGACCCGUGGAGGUGGUUUGAGUGGGCAGGCCGGGGCCACGCGCCUUGCGAUCUCCCGAGCACUUUUUGAGGCCAACCCCAGUUGCCAUGAUGACCUACAGAAAGGUUUCUGUCUCCUGGAGGACACUCGUCAAAGACUCUCUCACCUGGCCGGGAGAGCUGGCCGUCGUGCAGGGCACGCCUGGAACAAGCGCUGA